AUGGCUCUUGAAACAAUGCAUAAAGACUCCUGUAUGUGCUCAAAAUCUGAACUCGAUUUAUUUUCUAUUCCACCGACUCAAGUGGUAAUGGAAAAAGGAUUUUGGGAAGAUAUUGAUCCUAUUACGAGUUUAUCUUCUUCAGAUACGAUAGAAUUUUUAUGUGCUGCAAAUUCUGGAGUUUAUACCGACUUAGCAGUUACCUAUACGUUAAAGCAAAGAUUACUACUGCGGCCGGAGGAAAUGGGGGUGCAGACAUUCAAGUUGGACCUUCAAACCUUUGGAUGCAUGCAUUAUUCUCACAAGUUGAAGUAUUUCUGAACAACAAACUGGUCACCCCAUCAAGCACAGCAUACCCUUACCGAGCGUAUAUCGAAACGAUCCUGAACUUUAGUAAAGAUGCCAAAGAUUCACAUUUGACCUCAGCACUGUUCUAUAAAGAUAAAGCUGGAAAGAUGGAUGUAGUAAACCCUCUCGCACAAGACGCCGACGUCAACACGGGAUUAAAACAACGCCAUGCAUAUACACGUGAAAGCAAAUCUGUCGCCAUGGAAGGAAGACUUCAUUCUGAUCUAUUCGCGCAAGACCGUUAUAUUCUUGGUGCUGUUCCAAUCAAGAUCAAGCGGGUGAGAUCUAGAGAUCCGUUUUGUUUGGUAUCAUCCGCAGAAGAUCCCAAUUUCAAAGUGGUCAUCGAGGAAUGUUUGUUUCGUGUACGACGAGUUAACGUAGCCCCUAGUAUUAUACUGGCUCAUUCCCAGUCCCUUCAACAAAUCACGGCCAAAUACCCAAUCAACAGGAUCGACUGCAAGGUUGUCUCCGUACCUCGGGGGAAUAUGUCUGGAAAUCAACCUAAUAUAUUUCAAGGUG